AUGGCCACAGAUACGACAGAUCUCGGUGCCUUUCCGCUGACGGCAAUUGACCGCGAAAUCAUCGCUAUGAACGAUGAGGACUUCCCCUUGGUCAAAUGGGAUGAGCUCACAGAGAUCAUCUCUGCGAACCGUCUUGAAAAGUUGAAACGUCGUCCUUCCGACCUUCGCCGCUAUAUUCGUUGGUCCAACGAGACCAAGGCAGAGUAUGGCUCCAUUCCCAACUUUGUCGUUCAGGAACGCCUAAAGUGGACCCCAUUGCCUUCUUCAAUUCCUGGGGAGCCCCCCAAGUUUGAGUUUCUUGAUUCUGUUCCUUUCAAGAACCAAAACGACUUCAAAAUCCUCAAGAAUGAUUGGCCCUAUGGACUGGACACCGGCAUCGUUCACAUAUGCGUUUGGCUCAAGACACCCAUCGAGACCGACUCGAGCACUGGUGAUGUCACCGACCACUCCAGAUCUCUUAUCAAAAAGUUCGUGGACGACACUUUUUCAUCCAAGCUGGACACUGCUUUUGGCCCCGGGAAAGGCAUGGACCAUGUCCUCUGGUUCAAGAACUGGGUUGCAUUGCAAAGCGUCCGUGGUGUCGAUCACAUCCAUGUCCUUGUUCGUGACGCUCCUCAAGACAUGCUGGAAGACUGGACUAGACAGUAG